AGUAGAGAUAUGGCAACUUGUCUUUACGGCCUUGCCAUUUCUAUAUGUCCAAAACCAAAAACUCCAACUCUCACUGUAAACCUCCAUUCCAAUCCCUCUUCUUCUUCAUUCACACGUUUCUCUCUUCCUCUCAGAAAGCCCUGCAUCAUUAUUCGCUCACAAACCUCCUCCACUUCUGCCAUGGAGUCCAAUCCAAGCACUGAAGUCUACAAAGACUUCUCCCCCUUCCUCAUAAUCUACAAAGACGGCCGCAUCGAACGGCUCGCCAACACUGACGUUGUUCCAACAUCGUUUGAUCCCCAAACCGGUGUCCAAACCAAAGACGCUGUUAUCUCAGACGAAACAGGGCUCACAGUUAGGCUCUACAUCCCCAAAGCCAAAGUUACUGAAAACCCAACAAAGCUUCCUCUCCUUGUUUACUACCAUGGAGGUGGGUUUUGUAUGGGGUCACCAUUCUGUGCCUAUUACAAUAGCUAUGUCACUUCCUUGGUUGCCAAGACAAAUGUGGUUGCUGUCUCUGUGGCUUAUAGAAAGGCUCCAGAGAACCCUCUCCCAAUUGGGUUUGAAGAUUCAUGGACCGCGCUCAAAUGGGUCGGGUCCCAUUUUGAGGGAAAAGGACCAGAUGAGUGGCUGAAUAACUAUGCUGAUUUUGGGAAAGUGUUCUUGGGUGGUGAUAGUGCUGGUGCUAAUAUAGCACAUCACAUGGGUUUGAGAAUUGGGUAUGAGGGUUUGGUUGGUGUGAAGCUCAAUGGGGUUGUUUUAGUGCAUCCCUAUUUUUGGGGGUCAGAACCACUUGGGGAUGAACCCACUGAGGCUGAGAAUAGAGCAAUGGCUGAAGGUAUAUGGAGGUUUGCAUUUCCGACCACCAGUGGGGCGGAUGAUCCGUUUAUAAACCCGGGUAAGGAUCCGAAAUUGGGGAAGCUGGCGGCGGAGAGAGUGCUGGUUUUUGUUGCUGAGAAGGAUGGGUUGAUGCAUAGGGGGUGGCAUUACAGUGAGUUGUUGAAGAAGAGUGAGUGGAGUGGGAGUGUGGAGGUUGUAGAGUCUAAGGGGGAGGAUCAUGUCUUUCACUUGAACAAUCCAACUGGAGAUAAUGCUGUGGCUCUGAUGAAGGAGAUUGUUUCCUUCAUCAAUGCCUGAAAUUGGGUUCUUUGUUUCUCCAUUGAUGAGGUAAUUUCUAGUCAGUUUGUAAUAACUUGUGCUGAAAGCAAACAUUGAUCUGAAUUGCUGUUUGUAAUAACUUGUCUAGCUACUGUCAUAAGUCAUUGCAUUCAGAAUUUAAAAUCAAUUCUU